GGAGUUUUGCUUGAGUCUGUGAGGCAGGAGUUGGGGUUCAGAGGACUCCCACCAUGGAUCACUCUUUGUUUGGUUGUCUGCGCAGCCCUCACGCCCCAGCCCAGGGCCUGCACCCUGUCAUCACCCAGUCACCGCUGACCCUGCACGGCCGCAGCGACCACGACCACGUCUCCUACCUGGAUGUACCCAGCUCCUCGCCCCCCUGCGGCUACUCUGGAGGAGAGGACAACGGAGUGUUCAGCAGUACAGCCCACCAAGACCACCUGCCACAGCAGCAGCACCCCCUCCACCCUCAGCACCCGCCUGGCUGGCCUGCACCAACGCAGAUGCUCUCACCUAACACUCGGCAUGGAGUCUGCCUACCACCGCUCGAGGCCACAGCCCCAGAACUGUACUCGGGGGGCCCCAACCUGUGUGGUACCAGCCCCGGCUGCGGCAGCGGUGACCCCAUGGGGGCGUCGUGCGUGUCUGAGGAAUAUGGCCGGCAGAGUCUGUCUUCAGAUGACUCGCACAGAAGGAGUAAAGGCAAGAAUGAUAGCUCAGAGUCCCAAGACGGGAGCUGUAAGUCAGACAUGAACAGCAAGCCCAGGAAGGAGCGCACAGCCUUCACCAAAGAACAGAUCCGGGAACUGGAGUCCGAGUUUGCACACCACAACUAUUUGACCAGACUGAGACGCUACGAAAUAGCUGUCAACCUCGACCUCACGGAACGACAAGUGAAGGUAUGGUUCCAGAACAGGAGGAUGAAGUGGAAGCGUGUGAAGGGAGGCCAGCAGGGGGCAGCAGCACGAGAAAAGGAGCUGGUGAAUGUGAAAAAAGGGACGUUACUGCCGUCUGAGUUUUCAGAGAUAGUAGGACUGAAGUGCUCUGCUGGCUCACCGAGACCGACGCCUGAGGAGGACAGCCACGACAGUGACCAGAGCUCAGAGAAUCCUCACCUAUGACCUUUCCAUGGACAGAAAUAAGGAAAAAUUGGUGAGACAUUAAAAGAAUAAAUGUAUGCAGCUUGCUGUGAGCAAAGCCAACAGACAUUUAAUGAGAUUCAGAGAACAUUCCAGAGAUGCUUUGCAUUGAUGAAAGGCUUUUAUUUUGCACUGUUAAUAACAUGUGUCAGUCAAAUUCUACUGUACUUCUUUUAGCAAUCAAUACAAUAGGUUUAUGUUGUGUGUACAACAAAUGGAACUGAAGGAACUCUUGCUCAUGCUUUUGAAUUUCAAUAAUUUAUCCAAAUCACAGAGGUCAGAAACUGUAGCAACCAUUACCACAAACUUCUCAAGUUAUUUUCUCAUCCUAAAAUAAUGUAGCUGGUAAACAUGUCUUUAUCCUCUUGCUCUGCU